AUGCACUCGGACCUCAAUCGGUUAUCGAUAUUCAGUAAAACAUUGUUCGACACUGUUACAAAACUUCUCCCGGCAUAUAUGGUUCCAUCCUUCAUUUUCCUUCUCGAAACGCUUCCCAUGACGGCGAACGGAAAGGUCGACAAGCAGGUUUUGGCCAACUUCGUCUCUGAGGCUACCCCUGAAUAUUUAGAUCUUUUUGCCAAUAAUGCUGAGAUACACAGCAACACCGAAGAACUUUCAGAGACAGAGUCAAAAAUUGCGGAUGCAGUCGCUACUGUCACGCAAAUUUCGGUAGCCAAUAUCGGAUGUCACACCUCAUUCUACCGUCUAGGCAUAGAUUCAAUCCUGGUGAUAUCUUUAUCGAGACAGUUAAAGCUGGCUGGACUGGGUCAAGUGGAUAUCUCGGUCAUUUUGAAAAAUGACACGGUUUCCCGCCUCGCUGCUGCAAUCAAUCACCGCGAUAACACCGGAGUCACGAAUCAGGAACAAGAUUCUGAUUUCGAAGCAUUAUUCCCGCCUGAAUUUAUUUCGCAAAUCAAACGCGAUGCAAAACAGUUACAGAGGACAAUACGAAAGAUCUUGCCGUGCACUCCUUUGCAGGAAGCUAUGCUAUCACAAGUGAUAGCCAACGACCAUAAUUCCUAUUUCAAUCAUCUCACAUUCGAAAUAUCGGGGAAUAUUGCGAAGUUAAAAUCAGCAUGGGAGACCAUGCUCGCACGGCAAGAUAUUUUGCGGACUUGGUUCCAGCCAACAAACGACGCUCGGUAUGCAUUUGCCCAAAUUGUGUUGGAUAGUGCGGAACUUCCCUGGAGCUCUGUGGAAUGUCCAAGUACAGAUGUGGACGCCGUUGUUGAACGACAAAAAACAUCCAUUCUAUCUGCUGCGAAAUUCUCUUUGCCGUAUGCUUUCAUAGAGCUUCAAAAUAGUACCACGGGGAAGUCAGAACUACAUUUGCUGAUUCACCAUGCAUUAUAUGAUGGGGAAGCAAUGUCACAGUUGCUUCAAGAGGUUGAGCAAGCUGUUCUUGGGCUACCAUUGCCGUCUGUCGUACCUUUCGUCCUUUACAUUGAGCAGAUGGCCCAGGCGGAUAUCGAAGCAGAAGAUCAAUUCUGGGGCAGUUAUCUGUCAGGAUUUUCUCCCACUUACCUAGUUGCCCCAGCGCCGAAUAUGGAGCCGACGAGGCCCAAUACCUGUACCACUUGUUUGGAUAUUCCACUUUCUCGAGUGAUGGACUCGUGCAAGACAGCAUCUGUUACUCUUCUCAGCCUAUUACAAGCCGCGUGGGCAAAAUUGAUGUUUUCCUACUCCGGAUCAUCUGACAUUUGCUUUGGAGACGUGUCUAGCUGUAGGACCCUACCAGUCGAUGAAGCGGAGCGUAUUAUCGGCCCAUGUUUUAAUACUCUCCCCUUGAGGGUGAAGCUAGACAGGAAUACUGUCAAUUGUGACCUUAUGCUCCAACUGCGAAAAUCUAAGGCGGAUAUGCUUCCAUACCAACUUACAUCUUUACGUCGACUACAGUCCCGUUUCAGUCCCAAUGGCUCGCGGCUAUUCGAUAGUCUCUUGCUCCUUCAGAGAAGCCCCCAACAGUUAAACAAGGAGAUAUGGAAAUUAGUUGACGAAUCUGGAAAUAUGGAUUUUCCGUUUAUUUGUGAAAUCGUUCCGGACUCCGACAAGGAUAUCCUUCAACUACAUCUUUACUGCAACGGGCCACAUGUUCCAAAGGACGGUUUAAGUCAAAUGUUGGAGGGAUAUAUGGACUCUAUUCGUCACAUUCUCCAAUAUCCACAUGCCAGAACUACUGAUAUUAGCAUGUUGGAAGGCGGUGUUCCUACAUUUCUCAGCAUUUCAAUGCCAGUGGCCGAGAAACAAACUAUCGCUGAUGAACCUUUGGAGUGGUCAAAUGAAGCAUUGGAAGUUAGGAAACUAGUGGCAGCCCUGGCGAGAAUCGACCCGAAAAAUAUCAAACCUACGACAACGAUAUAUAAAUUAGGUCUUGAUAGCAUCAAUGCCAUACAGAUUGCCUCCAAUCUGCGAACAAGAGGCUACGAUAUUGCGGCAGGUGACCUACUAGAGUACGCCCAUGUACAACAGUUCAGACCGUUGUUGUCAAUAGAAACGAUAUGCUCAGGACUGGCUUUUGUCAUGUCAAAAGAUGAAAUGUUUCCAUUUGCAAUGGUCACAUAUAAGCCCGGUAUUCUUGAUCUUCCCUGGCAUGACCACCCAUCCGGAGACGGAUAUGAUUUGGUAAAGAAUUAUGACAAGCCGAACGGCACGGAUGCCUUGGACCAACUUCACCGUCCACCUUGGUUUUUAACAGUGCAAACAUUGUCGACCCAUACGAUUGUUCACUUUUCUGCACUUCACGCUCUGUACGAUGCACAUUCGUUGAAUCUCAUUCUAUCGGAGGUUUCUAGGUUCUACAACGGCGAUCCCCUUCCAGAACCAGUGCCAAUAUCCCCUGUGCUGGCAUCAAUCGUGGCUAAAAAUGCCCGGGAGGUUGAAAAUACGGAGAACGUAUGGGACGAACUCUGCAGAGACAUGCCAGUUACGAAGUUCCCUGAUCUAAAUCCUCGACGCACAGACAAAAGAGAGAUACGCACGCUCACUAAGCUUUGUUCAAAGUCAUUAUCUUCCAUCUACAAGGGCUGUGCCGAGUCUGAGGUCACUUUGCAGGCUGUUGGGCAAGCCGCGUGGGCACGGCUACUGGCCUCCUAUAUAGGAGAAAGCGAUAUAACAUAUGGAGUCGUCCUUUCUGGUCGAGGCAUGCCCGGUGACGCUCAAAACGCCAUUUUUCCCUGCCUUACAACCCUUCCAUCUUGCUACAUUGUCGAGGGUAGUAACAAACAGCUCGUCCAGGCAAUAAUGAGACUUAAUUCGCUUCUUAUUAAGGGCCAGCAUGUUCCUUUAUCCAAACUUCAACGCAUUGCCGGUUCUGACACGGCGUUGUUUGACACCCUUUUCGUGUAUCAAAAAUUCACACCAACCGUGGAGGGGAAGCAGCUUUGGACUACUAUUGGAGAAAAGGCUGUUACCGAUUAUCCUGUUUCUAUCGAGCUUACUCCUAAGCUUGAUAAACUCGAAUUCUGCAUAACAUUCAGAGACGAUAUCUUGCCCGUUGAUCAAGCGCAACUAUUACUCAGUCAGCUUGAUUGGCUUCUAAUGGACAGCCUGUUCUCUCCAGAAUCCGAUUGCACAAGCGCUCAGACGAUGGAUCGAGCGCUUAAAUGUGCCGUCCCUCGAAAAGAUGUAUAUAUUACGGCUCCAGUCAGUCUCUUACAUCAAUUUGUUGAAAUAAAGGCCAUUGAAAACCCAUCAAAAAAUGCUCUUGAGUUUGCAUCUCGAUCGCCAGGCUCUGACGACAUAUUGACGAUUCAGAGUUGGACAUUUAAAGAAUUUAAUGACCAAGGUAAUAAAUAUGCCAACCUCCUUUUACAACUCGGGGCAUCAGUAUCAAGGUUAAUCGGAAUUUGCUUCGAUAAAUGUCCUGAAGCGUACUUCGCUAUACUCGCGAUUUUGAAGAUAGGGUGCGCGUACCUGGCAUUAGACCCCGGGGCACCCAUCGCACGAAAACAGUUCAUUAUGGAGGAUUCAGGAUCUAAACUUUUACUAUGCACAUCCGACAAAAAGGAAGAAUUGUUGAAAAUUGACGGUGUCAAGGUGAUAGCCCUGGAUGAUAUCGGACUUCUGGACAAUAUCUCGUGCAACUCUCCUGUACUCGAGCAUCCAGUCAGCGGUGACGAUACUUGCUAUUGCUUAUAUACUUCUGGAAGCACAGGUACACCAAAGGGCUGUGAGAUAACCCACAGCAACGCUAUCCAAGCAAUGCUUUCAUUCCAAAGGUUAUUUGCUGGACAUUGGGAUGACACAUCUCGCUGGCUCCAGUUUGCCUCGUUCCAUUUCGACGUCAGUGUGCUGGAGCAGUAUUGGAGCUGGAGUGUCGGAAUCUGCGUUACUUCAUGUCCCAGAGAUGUCUUGUUCGAAGACUUAGCAGGGACGAUUAGAGAGCUUGAAAUAACGCACAUCGAUUUGACACCUAGUUUGGCUCGUUUGCUUCACCCCGAUGAAGUUCCCUCACUCUGUCGUGGAGUAUUCAUUACUGGUGGCGAGGCGCUGAAGCAAGAGAUUCUGGAUGCUUGGGGGUCAAAGCAGGUGAUAUAUAACGGCUAUGGACCGACAGAAGUCACAAUUGGCUGCACGAUGCUCCCCAGAGUGACAAAAUGGGAUAAACCGUCGAAUAUUGGACCUCAGUUCGAUAACGUUGGCUCCUUCGUUUUCAAACCCGGGACCAAUAUUCCAGUGUUGAAAGGUGGCAUUGGUGAACUCUGUGUCUCUGGCCCGCUUGUUGGCCGUGGUUACUUGAACAGACCCCAAUUAACAGAGGAGAGGUUCCAGUAUCUCGACGAAUGGGGCGAGAGGGUAUACCGCACUGGUGACCUUGUGCGAAUGCUCUAUGAUAACAGCUUCUGUUUCCUUGGGCGCAUGGACGAUCAAGUUAAGUUACGUGGUCAGCGGCUUGAAAUAGAGGAAAUCAACCACGUUAUUAAGUCAGCGUCCAAAAUUCUAGGAGAGACUGUCACUAUGGUGUUGAAUCAUCCUUCGGCAGGUAAAGAGCACCUUGUCUCUUUUAUCACCCGUGGGGAGUGCUAUGACAAAGAAUCAACCGUUACUAUCGACAUGGGACGUGAAGUUUAUGAAAUAUUGGGCGACGUUCGAAGAGCUUGCAAUCUAAAUCUUCCCGGCUAUAUGAUUCCAACGCAUAUCAUUCCACUUACCCGCUUUCCGCUUUCGCCAAAUAAUAAGAUCGAAAUCAAACGGCUAAAGGAGAUCUAUGCUAACCUGACACCUGAACAAAUGCAAAGGCUUAUAUCACAUGGUAAUGAGAAAGGGGAAAUCACCUCAAAAGUAGUGGGAGAUGUUAUUUCGAUAGUCUCUGAGCUAGCAGGUUGUGACGCGGCGGAUGUAGGACCGUGGUCCAAUAUAUUCCAACUCGGCCUGGAUUCCAUCUCUGUGAUAUCGCUGGCUCGAGCACUUAAGCAGGCUGGCUUCAAUACUGCUCAGCCAGCUCUGAUCAUGAAAAAUCCUGUGAUCUCCGUCCUCUCAGAAGAAUUACAACUAUCCGCUGAUCACGUCAAAUCCAGCCUCCGAUUAUAUCAGAAUGCCAAACAAUCAAUCACUGCCUUUGCUCACCGACAUCUUGGUUCGCUUGCCGAAGAGCUAUGCAUUCCUACCAAUAUAAUUGAGGCUGUAAGCCCCUGUACACCUUUGCAGGAUGGGAUGAUAUACAGAUGCCUUGAAAGUCAAGGCCGUACGUACCUCUCGACUUUUACGUUUGAGUUGUUCCCACACGUUAGCAUUCCCCGGUUGAUGGCCACAUGGCGGAAAGUUCAAGGCCUUUGCCAGAUCUUACGCACCAAGUUCGUGGCCACAAUGGAUGGGUAUGCACAAAUAGUACUCAAAGAGGAUAACUUUCCGUGGUUUGAACUUGAAACUUCUGAUGACUCUGAAUUGCGCAUUCUGUCACAGAAACGAUAUACAAAGUGGAGUUCAACACUCCACCAUUUCACCGACAGGGUCUGGGAAAUCGGAACGGUAUCUGGGCCAUCUGGUACAUUAAUGUGCUUGAAUAUGUUUCAUGGCUUAUAUGAUGGCAUUAGUCUCGCGCUGCUUCUUGAAAAAGUUGUUCAAGUAUAUGGCGGCGAGGAGAAUAUUGAAACAUCAUUAUUUUUCGAUGUGCUGCCAUUUGGUCCGCUUUGCAAGCAGCCUGAUGCUGAAGCUUUCUGGGUCCAACACCUGCGAGAUGUCAAACCCCAGACACUACCUUCCAACUCACACGCUUUCGGGGAAAGCCAACACGUUCUCACCAUCGAGAUAAACGCACUGGAGCAUUUCCAAGAGGUCAGACGAAAUCUAAAUGUUACAGAACAGGCCGUUAUCCAUGGCUGCUGGCUUGACGUGUUCGAAAGACAAUUCGGUUUCAUUCCUACACUUGGAGUCGUGAGCUCCGGCCGGAGCCUAGAUUUCAGCGGCGCGGAAGAUGUGAUUGGGCCAUUAUUCAAUACAGUUCCGUGCCAUAUCCCGAUUCCUAAUACCCUUUUAUUAUCAGAACUUGUCCGGGCUUGCCAUGAGUUUCAUGCCUCUAUGGUUCCAUUCCAACACACGCCGUUACGUGAUAUUAUCAAAUGGACAUGCCAGGGGGUUGAGAACCCUUUGUUUGAUAAUCUUUUUGUCUUUCAAAAAGCACUUCCAGGCUCUCACACGCUCUGCGACUCACUCUGGGUCCCUGUAGCGUCUCAUGGCGGAGCUGAUUAUCCCUUGUCUUUUGAAGCCACGGAUAAUGGAAAUGCCACAUUGACCGCUAGUAUUGUUGUCAAGGAGCAAAUUUUGUCUUCGGAGGCUGCAAUAGACCUGUUGAAUCGAUUCAAGGAUACUCUGUUGCGAUUCCUCGGUGAUCAGUCUGUGGCUUUACGUCCUUCCGGUGAUAGAUCAAUCGCCAAUUCUACCUCUCCCGGCAAAAUACAUACAGAAACAGAACAGUACUCGAGAUCUAAAUCUGUGGCUAAUGGUCACUCUCACUUUGAAUGGAGCCCUAAAGCCACACAACUCCGGCAAGAGAUCGUCGGAUUGGCCAAUAUUGAUGAAAUUGCAGUCAAUGAAAGCACUUCAAUUUUUGAACUCGGUUUGGAUAGCAUUGACGCUAUCAAACUUUCCUCGAGACUCAAAAAGUCAGGCCUGGCGCUAUCUGUCAGCAAAAUAAUGCAUUGCCAGACGAUCGAAGCUAUGAUAAAAGAGAUUGUUGACCAUCGCGAGUCAGAUAAUCAUUCUUUCGAGGCACUCACGAGUCUGGAAAACGCUCUUCGCGCAUCUCUAGAAGCUGAUGCCAUCGACCUUACUAGUGUUCAGCACGUUUUGCCCACCACGCCUCUACAAGAAGGGAUGCUUGCGGAAAUGAUUGCUUCCGAUUACAUGCAUUACUUCAACCAAGAUGUUCUUGAAAUUGAAGAGCACGUAGAUAUCGGCAAGUUGAAAAACGCAUUUGAGAAAACAAUUGAAGAUAAUCCGAUUCUGCGAACAGCAUUCACGCAUAUUUCAGAUCCCAAUUUACCGUUUUCAUUUGCACAAUUGGUUAUGUGUUCGGGCAAACCAAUGGAUUGGGCGGAGAUACCUACGAGCGAAAGUUCAAUCGAUCACAUUUUUGAGGAUGAAAGGAGGAAUGCGGUGAACGAUAGCCUGCGACUCCCACUUUUCAAAAUACGCCUUUUGCGAAACCGAGACCAAAGGUUGUUGCAUAUUUCCAUAGCACACGCGCUCUAUGACGGCUGGGCACUCGAUCUACUGCACCAGACUAUCGCAGCAAACUACUUCGGUGAGACUACGCAGCCAUCGUCAUACCACGCUACCCUAGAAAACAUCGUAAACUCAUCGAACCGGGUAAAAGCCUCCCAAUUUUGGAAAGGAUACCUGAAAGGAGUGCAGCCAACUUCAUUCCCAACGCAAACCGAUUCAAAGGUUCUCAAAAUCUAUCGGGACGAGAGAACUCUACCUCUGUCCAAUACGAAGAUUGUCUCAUUUUGCAGAAAACACAAAAUCACGCCUCAGACGCUAGGGUUGACCUGCUGGUUGAUGACGCUUGCAGGCUACGUACAUCAACUUGAUCUCGUUUGUGGCACCGUGAUGUCAGGCAGAGACACUGCUGCUGCUGAGGAAGUAAUGUUUCCCACGAUGAGCUCUGUUGCCAUUCGUGGAAUCCUUCACGGCUCUCGACAUGAAAUGCUACAAUAUAUCCAGGAAAUGAUGGGCGGUAUACUUGAAAACCAACAUUAUCCACUCCGAAAAGUGAAAUCUCUGUCUGGAAUUGGAAAUCAGCCCUUAUUCAAUACAUUAUUCAUAUACCAAAAGAGGCCCGUGAGAGACCAUAGGGCGCUGUAUAAAUCAGUUCGAAGCUCAUCUGAUGUUGAAUAUCCAAUUUGUGUCGAGAUGGAAUUAUCAAAUGAUGCAGUCGUUUGGCGCGUUGCUUGCAAAAGUACAAUUAUUAGUCUACCCGGCACGACAGAAUUACUGGAUCGAAUUAGCCAUUGUUUUACGGAGCUCUUGGACAAUCCUAACAAUCCAACUGUGGAAUUCAAUGAUGAGACAGUGUCCAUUUGCGGCUUGACGUUUUCAACCAUCUCGGCAGGAGGUCUCGAAACAUCGUAUUCUUCACAGAGUAGUGAUGCAUCCCCAGAAGGAUGGACUCUACUAGAACGUGACAUCAGGUCCGUGCUAUCAUCAGUUGCGAACACUUCCGAGAUGGAUAUCGGAAAGCAUACAACCCUUUUCCAUAUUGGCCUGGAUAGCAUAAGUGCAAUCAAGGUGUCAGCUUUACUUAAGAAGAAAUCUGUGAUAUUAGCAGUUAGCGAUAUGCUACGUGCUGGCAGUGUUGAAAAGAUGGCACAAGUUGCCCGUAUCUCUCAAUCAAAAGCGGAAGUGCUUGAUUCAAAAUUAAUAUGCUCUUCUAUGUUGAGAGAGGUUGGCAUUGAUAGUCUGCUACGCCAUCAUAAAAUAGUGUCGGAAGUCGAGGGCGUGAUGCCAGCAACACCAGGUCAAAUAUAUAUGCUAGAAAUGUGGAAGCAUUCCAAAGGGAAGCUCUUUUUCCCGAGUUUUCUCUAUCGCUUAGAAGGGAGCAUAACGCAUGAGGAACUAGAAAAAGGCUGGAGCAAGACACUUGAUCGGCUUCCGAUUCUUCGAACAACGUUUCUCCCAACGGGCCACUCGGGGAUACGCUAUAUCCAAGCAGUUUUUAGGACAGUCGAAAACCCAAUCAUCUGGCGAAAUAAUCUCCAACAUCCUUCGGAUAGGCAGACAGAAACAAAUGCAAGGUUUGUAACCUUGUACGCGUCCAAAACCGUGUCAGAAACAAUAGUGAUGUUGCAUAUCCAUCACGCACUGUAUGAUGCUGUUAGUUUGGAGCAGAUUAUAAACAUGCUCUCCGCGAAUUGUUAUCCCGAAAAUAUACAGCCCACAUCGAUACUGGAUAUGUCCGAAUUCAUAGCUUUCAGUAGUAUCAGUUCCCCCCCAAAUGCUCGAAAAGACUUUUGGACGAAAUACUUAUCAAAGGCAAAUCUCGAACACGACACUCCGCCAGAGGCCUCUUUCGACUGGCUAGAUAUGACGGAGACCUAUUGUCCUUCCCUCAUUUCAAGCAUCGGCAAAUUAGAUAAAGCAGGUCGAAAACACGGCGUAUCGAUCCAGUCGAUAUUUUUAGCUGCAUACGCUAAAGUACACGCGAGACUCUUUCCUCUCUCGCCUGGGUCUCCCCUGAUCGUCGGCAUUUAUCUUGCUAACAGGUCCCAUGCGAUGGAAGGGCUUCCGAAUCUCCCCGCUCCAACUUUGAAUAUUGUCCCCCUUUGCAUUGAAAAUCUGGAACAAAGCAAUAUAAUUCAACUCGCUCGCAAUAUCCAAAACGACAUACGCGAGAUCAGUAAUGCGCAAAACUCCUUCGUUUCCUUGUAUGAAAUUGCGGAAUGGACGGGAAUAAAGGUGGAUACGGUUGUGAACUUCCUAAGAUAUCCGGAUUCCACAGAGCAGUCGGAUGCCGCGCUCUCGAAAUUUAUACCGUUUGAAGAGCUAGAUAUGGUGGAUAUCCUAUCCAAUGCGGGCACGGCGGACCAGGCCACAAACUCCAGAACACCAACUGGAAUUCCUGUGGAGACUACAACUUUGAUACAUAGCCCAUCCUGGUUGAAUGUCGAGGCAAUGGGACCAGAAGAAGUCUACAAGAAUCCAAUCCAGCCGUCGAUAGAUAUUGAAGCAGCGAUCAGGGACGGUUCAUUAGAUGUUGGCAUCUUUGGCCCAAGUUCUCGCGUAGAUACUAGUACUGCUAAUGCCGUAUUGGAGGAGUUGAAAUGUAUGCUGCAGGAUGUGUCAACGUCAACGGGCGACCAGCGAGGAUAG